GGUGCUUGCAGGCCGAUGCAGGACAUCACAAAUAUGCUCGGUGGAUCCAGGAGCUGUCCAGAGGUCCCCAAAGCCGGGUCACUACGGGGCCCAGGCCCUGCGGCUUUGGGACAUCGCAGGUCCCGCCGCUACAAUCCCUGCCCGAGCCUACCAACUUCAACGGCCCCCAGGCGCGAAAGGGUCACUUGGCGGGAAGUCCCCUGCAUCGGAGCCCCCUCGCGGUUUCUCACACACACACACACACUCGCUCACACGCUUGCCGCCCUUGCGCGCGCCCGCGGCAUAAGGACUUCCCAGCCCAAAACACGCGCGCGCACCCCCAGGCCAACUGAGUUCAGUAUUUCCUCUUCCUCAAAGCUGCUCGGGCGGUCUCCGCCGCCCCUCUCCGCUCGGAUUCCAGCGCCUCCUGAGCUCCGCUGCCCCCCUUCUCUGAAGGCGCGUCCGGUGCGCCCCCUCUCCGAUGCCGGAAUCUCCCACCAAGGCCUCCCCUCCGUCUUCCCUGGUCCCAGUGGGGUCCUCGGCGUGUCCCCGGGAGGCAGCGCUGAGGUCAGCGAGUCGGGGCGCGACGCCAGCCCAGGAAACUUUACGAACCUGCCCGGGGUCACAGGACAGUGGCGACAGCGGCGAGGGUUCCCAGUGAUCAGCGUUCUGGCGACCCGCUACCACAGAAAGCGGGCGGGAGGCUCUGCUGCCCAGCUGGGGGCCGCGGCGGUGGGUGGCUCUGCCUCUAUCCCGUGCCCAUCCUCGCCCGCGCUCGCUCGCCCGAGCACACGCACUUACACUCCGGGUCUGCCGGCCACUGCGCCGCCGGCUGCCGCUGCUCUCACUUCCUCUUCCUUCCUCCUGCUGGCCAGAGACACAUUUUGCAUCUGCAAGGCAUCCCGAGAUCGACCGCGAACUCUGCUCCCGGGCGGACGCUGCGGAGUGGCCCCCGCGUUCUCCGGCACCUGCGCCGGGACACGCGUGGUUGGUGCGUUCGCCUUCCGCCUGCGCCCUGGUGCCUGCCCACUAUACUUUGCCUGGGGGUGGGGAGUGCCCACCACUUUUUGAAGUCCCCCUAUUUAAAAAGAAGAAAAUGUUAAACA